ACAUUAUCUGCAAGAAGAGUGAAACAAUGGUCAGAGGGAAGGUGCAAAUGCGACUAAUAGAGAACCCUGUCCACAGACAGGUAACCUUCUGUAAGCGCCGCGGGGGGCUCCUCAAGAAAGCCAGGGAACUCUCAGUACUUUGUGGUGCUGAUGUAGGUGUUAUCAUAUUCUCUUCUCAAGGAAAACUCCAUGAAUUAGCAACUAAUGGAACCAUGCACAACUUGGUUGAAAGGUACCAGCGCAAUGUGGCAGGCGGUCAAAUGGAAAGGGAUACUCUACAGAGGAAGCAGGUAGCAGAACAAGGGAUUUUCCUGUUAAGGGAAGAGAUAGGUCUACUACAAAGGGAUCUUAGGUCUACAUAUGAUGGAGGAGCAGGGGAAAUGACACUAGAUAAACUGCAAGCACUAGAGAAAGGUCUUGAAUUAUGGAUGUACCAGACACGCACAACAAAGAUGCAGAUGAUGCAACAAGAGAUUCAAUUUCUUAAACAUAAGGAAGGCAUACUGAAAGCAGCAAAUGAAACGCUUCAAGAGAAGGUGAAAGAACAGCACAAACUAUACAUAUCUUUGUUGGAUCUCCAUAGUCAACAAUCAACACAAUCAGUUACCUACGGAAACUGCUUUUUCUCAAUCUAGUAGUGCAUGUUCGGGUGUACCUACAGACAUGUUUAUCAUUCGAAGAGUGCAUGUUGUAUUAGCACAUAUGAAUUGAGUGUAGUGUGUUCUCAUGGACCUUCCAACUUAAUGUGUUUGACAGAACUACCGCUGCAAUCUAUGCAUAUGGUAAAGUUUCAUUUGUGCCAUAAUAGUGUGCAACAGUAUAGCCAGAGUCUGACAGACGCCAGAAUGAAAU